UUGCGGUAGCAAGGAUCAUGAGCCUGAGUUUGUUUCCAAUCUGCCCAUUCAUUCUCUUAUGCCUUCUUUUGGAUUUAUAUGUGCUAAAAAGGAUUUGAUUGAUUUUGAGAAUCUGGAUUCCAAGGAAAAUGGCGUCCUCGCAAGUCGACGUUUCUUCCUCUCCGCCAUUUGGUUGUGUUCUAAAGGAUCACAAUAGGCAUGACAGACGUAUAGAAAGCAAUGCCCAUGCGACUUUCCAAAAAAGCCUCAAGAGCUUGGUUAGAGGUCACCUCCAUUCCUGCAUAUCAAUCUCUUCUGGUUGCUCUGAGUUCGACGAGAACUUGAGGAAUCAAAACAAUCAUAUUGAUUCUUGGGUCGGCAAUGGAGAUAGCAAGAAUCACCAAAGCCUUCGAUUCAUGAGUAAUAAUCUUAAGAACAAUGAUAGUCUGAGGAGUUCGCGAAUUCUUGAUCGAUGGGCUGCCCAAAAAGCACGAGAAAUGGUAUCGACAAUUGAAAAACAAAGCGAGGAGGCUGAGCUCUUGUCACCAUCGAAUUCACCCACUACUAGAUCAUCAAGCACAUCAAGUUCUAGAAGGGACGAUUCUCCAGCUCCAUCGGAUAGUUCUGUAGGAUCCUUGAAUCUUGGCGCAUCUUCCCUCGUUCGGAUAUGGGAGAAGAGGCUAAAUCAAUCCAACAGGACAAAAUCUGGUUCUUCAGCCUCAUCUACAGGGUCGAAUUCUGGUUUCAUCUCUAAUGACAAUGGUUCUUCUAUAGAUGAUGAAAGAUAUGAUGUUCCACGUAAUCAAGAAUCGUUUGCAGAUUGGGAGUCGGAUAGAACAGCUCCUAGUGACCCAUCUUCUUCAACACAAGGCCAAAACUCAGAUGUAGGAGAGAGUGAGGGGGUCAAAGUUGCGGAUAUAAUUCAGAAAUUGAUAUCUUCAAAUCAAACACAGAUUUCAUUACAUUCUUCUUGGAGCAGCGGAGAAUAUGAUCACGGGCUGUCUAGCUUGCAUGGAUCGCCACAUUCAGAGCAUGAGCGUCUUCCAUUAUGGGAUAAAGUGGAGCAUAGAGUUCUCCAUAAGGUUAUGAUUUCACCUCGGAUCAGAGGUCGACAAGCAUUCAAGGAUUUGCUCAUGCAAUUACAGCGCGACAGGCAUAGGGAACUAGACACAUUGGUUGAGCGUCGAGCAGUUUCAGGAUUCCCACAAAGAGGCCGCAUUCAAUCAUUGAUUCGGCUUAGAUUACUGCAACGCCAAGCGGCAAUUCAAGAUAAACGUUCCUCGCCACCAGCAUCAUCUGAAAUCAACAGGCUACCACAAGGAUCUUCCAUCAUUCAACUAAGGGACAGAUUUAGAACAGGAACAGAGCAGCUUGCAACAACCCAAGUAACUAAUACAAGAAGUCCUCGUCAGGAGAUAGUGAACAACGCUGCUGAUUUGGACAUUUCUUUGACCCCUACUCAGCCUAGUGACCACACUAAUAAUCAGGAAGUUAGUAUCACUGAGGAGCACAAUAUUCCACUCGAGGCACAGAACUCAUUGCCACACACAAGGGAAGAUGUCCAUGAAGAAUCGAGUCUAAAUUCAAAAGAGACAUCUCAAGGAACAAGCUCAGAGGCUAGAAACAUUGACUUAGAAGAAAGUACAGAUCCAACUACUCCCUUGAGUUUUUGGGAUGAGAAUGAGAUAGUAGAAGACCUAGAGGACAGCAGCCACGAGUAUGUAGAAACCAAUUAUGACUGGAUUGGUGACAUCUCUCGGCCACAAAGUUACUGGGAAAGCUGUAGAAAAGCACGGUACCAGGAGGUGCUUAGCACAGACAAUGGAGAUAUGCGUCAGCUACUUGAAAGAAGAACAGUAUCAAAUUUUCUUGCUAGCGACUUAAGAGAGAGAAUUGACAAAUUGAUGGUAGCUCGUAUAGAAAUACAAACUCACGCAGAGGAAGAAGAUGAGGAUGGCAGCCAAGAGAGAAUGGAACAAUUAAUGUCCUUCUUACAACGACACACAUAUCCAUCCAACAGUCAUCGAGAAGAAGACGAAGAAGAAGAAGAAAUAGACGAAGAAGAAGAAGAAGAAGAUGAAGAUGAAGAAGAAGAAGAGGGUGGAGAAGAGGAGGAGGUGGCGGAGGAAGACAGAGAUGAGACAGAGGAAGAAGAGGAGGAAAGUGUCAUUAGUAGAGAUCAUUAUCGUGAAGGCGGCGGUUAUUUUGAUCAAUCCUCAUCAUCGCUUCAAGAGCCUUCGCCAUCUCCACAAUGGGCAUGGACUUAUCGGGAUAAUGAAGUUGGUGAUAAUUUUGAACGCAUUACAACAAUAUCUCCAUCCGAACAUUUGUCAUCUCAAACUCAGUCUCAGAAUACUCAGCAAAACCCAUCCUCCAUAGAUCGUAAUUCAACAGAAAUGGACCUCAUAUACAAUUUGAGAGGCCAUAUGGAACAACUCUAUCAAGAGAUGUCUGAGCUAAGAAAAUCAAUAAAGAGUUGCAUGGACAUGCAAAUGAUAAUGCAAAAAUCCAUGAAGCAGGAGGUUCAUUCAGUUCGAGGGGAGGGAGAGAGGUCCCAUGAGGGAGCACCAAAGACAGGCAAUUGUUGUAUUUGCUAUGAAAUGCAAGUCGACUCACUGUUGUAUAGAUGCGGACACAUGUGUACCUGUCUCAAGUGUGCUCAUGAACUGCAAUGGAGUAAUGGAAAAUGUCCAAUAUGUCGAGCUCCAAUCAUGGAUGUCGUUAGGGCAUAUGUGGGUUCGUAGAGUACUUCUGGUAAACCAUUUUUUGCUCCAUAGGACCUUCCUUAGUCCUACAAUUCAACUUAGUAAAGCAAGAAUUGGGAAGUCCAAAUUCUUUUGUUUUCGCUUUUACAGUAGGUUGUCUCAUUCCAACAUUAUAUUCAAGGUUUCUCUUUUUCAAAAUGUACUGUGUAUGUUUUUUUUUUUUAAGGGAAAUCAGAUUUGUGAGUCUUUGUAAUGUACAAAUUACAGGAUUAUAUAUAUGUUUCUUCCAAUAUUGUUAUGAAGAAUAAA